CUGGGCAGGCAAGGGGGCUUGACCCUGGGAUCUCAGCCACAGAUGCCUCACGGCUGCAGGGCACGGAAACCAGGGCUAGAAACACACUUGGUUUUAAUCUGAGUGUGCAAAACAGCCCCAGGAGGGCGGAGUCGAGACUGCAAAUUUCAGGUAGGAGCCAGGAGAUGGCUAUCCACCCCCAAGCGGGUCCUGGGCAGUCUCACGGCCUUGGGGUCCCAGCCCCCACGUGCUGCUCUGAGGCGGAUGCAGCGGGCCCUGCCCUGCUGGCCCUGCGCAGCCCAGACGGCGCCUGCCCCUGGAAGGGCUUUGUGGGCACAUUUCGGUGGAUUCCCUGACCUGUGCGUCUGCAAAUGUGUGACGCGCAUUAGUUAGGUAACACCGACAGUAAGAGUGAAAGUGACACGUCCCGUGCUGGGUACGCGUGAGGUUCUCUGCCUUAGCUCACUCGCUUCUCAAACAUUUUCACGAGAAAACCUAGGGGAAGAGCGGCAGUAGAUACCCCGAGGCCCCCAGCUGGUGAGGGGGAGGUUCAAACAUACUCUGUGACUCUGCCUACCCGGGGGUGGCAGGCGGGGCCCUGCCGCGUGCCCCAUGCCUUCAGGCCGUCUCUUCAGGGUGCCCAGGGCAGGAGCAAAGCAGAGACCUCUGGGCUGAGGCCUGGGUGGUCUCCGGUGAGGACAGAGGGGUCCGCCCCCCAGGAGCCCUUGGGCCACGGGGAGACAGAAGCAAACAGUAACGGUCCUGGCGGGCAGGCACCAUGCUAGGGAGAGCUGACGUCAUGGGGACCCGGGGAGCACGAGACACCCUUUCUGCUGACCUCGGUUUGCGGCGGGUCUCCAAUGGGACCGCCAGCCCUGUACAGCCUCCCAGCUACGGGGCCACGGACGGGGGUGCUGGAGCCCUUGGGCACCCCAGUGUUGACGGAGGACCUGCCCAGUGUGGGCAAGACAGGAGGGGCUCUGCCCUCCAGGGGGGGUCCUGGGUGGGUAAAUGAAGAAGGGUCAGCACAGUACGGGGCGUGUUGGAUGCUAGGCCCAGGGCAGGGAUCAGAGUGCAGGGGCAGGGUGUCAGCCACGUGAGCCCUUGGGGGUCGUGAUAAGGAGAAGGGUGUUUUAGAGGGCAUUGGAGGGUUUAAGACCUGCACGAAGCCAGGCUGGCCCCCAGGUCUCUGGCUGGGUGGUGGGGUCCAGAGCCGAUGGUCUGGUCUGAACCAAUACCGAUGUGGGACCAUGAGCAGAAGCAGAGUGUCGAGGCCCUGCCAUCCCAGGGACAAGUCACGGCAGUGGACCACAUGGGUUCAGGCUCUGCUCGAGGAGCCAGCCACUGAUAACUGAGGAAGUUUUCUGCACACAUCGUCUCGUUCUGAUCCCGAUUCACGCCCCGGUCUCUCUGGACGCCCCACCUGUGCUGUGACCCCCUCGCUGUAGGAUGUCCUGUCACAGGACGGCAGGGGCAGUGAGUCUCUCUUGGGCGCGGUGGUUUCCUGAGACCUUUGGAAACUUGGCAGUGUGCCCUUAAUCGGUCACCUUUAACCACCCACUUAUGUCCCAAUCCUCAGGUGUCACCUCCUCCAGGAAGCAACCUCCCACUGCACCCCCCCCCCCCCCCCGCCACCAUCAGGCGACACCUCCACAGCCUUGACCUUCCGGCCUGGACCCCUGCCUCAGCUCAGCCAGCCCCAGGCAGAGACGGGGUGGCAAGGAUUUUUCACCAUUUGUUUAUAAGAAUCAGAGUCAGCAUCACAAAGGCUGAUGAGAUACCCUGUUGGUGCAAGACAGCCCCCACUCCCUGGGUAUGGGACACCCCCUUGGCUUAGGACAACCCAGCCACCCCAGGUGUGGGAGCUGCGUGGCCUUGGACAAGUCUCCCUCUUGCUUCAAGGGGACCCAGCCAUCCUGAGUAUGGGCACCUGUUGGGGCGGGGCGGCCACAGCAAUGAUGUGGACACACGACGAGGACACACAGUGUCCUUGACUACAGGGCCCCCGUGAAAGGCGUCCUGAGAGGACCAGGGCGUCCAGGAGGCCUAGACUCGUCGGGGUGGGACUGGGGAGGUGGGAUGGCAGCAGCCGCCCAAGACAAGAGCUUUGGUCGUUAUCGUUCCUGCAGGCGUCAGGUGGCUCCUCUCCUAAGAGCUCUGGGUGUGCAUUCCGCAAUUCAAAACUACUUCCGCCGCAGACCUUGCUAGCAGCCUUCGUGAACGAGGCUGCCGGCCGUGGGAGCGCUUCGUGCACAGGCCUCCGUGCUCGCAGCCGGGGUCCUGAUGCUGUCCAGAGUGGACGCCAGACUUGCUCACCACCCUCUUUCCUUUCUGCAGAGCACCUGCUCCAGCCGUGGGGGUGCGGGGUGAGCUCAUUGCAGUCACCGUGCCGAGCACGGGCUGUGUCCCUGCCCUGGCAUGUGCGGGGACAGGAAGGCCGCAGACCCUUCGGCGAUCCUUCCCUCGGCAGCCCCCACCCCCUCAUCCCUCCAUCCUGCGCCGUGUAUCCAGUCGCGCUGUCCCACGCUGACCGGAAUCUGGGGAUGGGUCAGACCCACUGGACGGAUCGUCCCCACGAAGGCUGGUGGGAGCUUGGAGACACCGUGUGGACACUGCAUCCCGGGUUGCGGAGGGAAAAUAGCAGUGGGCCCCGCUGGGAAGAGGGGACGGCAUCCUGGGGGCUCUGCUCACCUCACCAUCUCCGGAGAAGAUGAAGGGUCACGUACCAGAAACAUCUAGAGAGUGAGGAGGCUGUCGUGUCUAAUAAGCACCUGCUGUGAAGUCAGCAGUGCUGUGGCCGCAUCCCGCGAGCUACUGCGAGGUGUCUUAUGCCUGCCAAGGUGGGAUGCGGGGUGAAUGGAGGCGGGAGAGGAGCCGGACGUGGGCCCCCGAAUAUCGGUUGCGGAAAUCAAAGACAGGCACUGGGCCCGUGAAGGGGGAUGUGGAAAUGCCCUUUGAGGAAGUCCUGGACAAGGCCAAGGCGGGGGACCCCAAGGCACAGACUGAGGUGGGGAAACACUACCUGCAGCUUGCCAGCGACGCAGACGAGGAGCUGAACAACUGCACUGCCGUGAGCUGGCUCAUCCUCGCCGCGAAGCAGGGCCGGCGUGAGGCGGUGAAGCUUCUCUGCCGGUGCCUGGCGGACAGGAAAGGCAUCACUUUCGAGAACGAGCAGGAGGUGAGGCAGCUCUCCUCCGAGACUGACCUGGAGCGGGCCGUGCGCAAGGCGGCCCUGGUCAUGUACUGGAAGCUCAACCCCAAGAAGAAGAAGCAGGUGGCUGUGUCAGAGCUGCUGGAGAACGUCGGGCAGGUCAACGAGCACGAUGGAGGGGCACAGCCAGGCCCAGUCCCCAAGUCCCUACAGAAGCAGAGGCGGGUGCUGGAGCGCUUGGUUAGCAGCGAAUCCAAGAGCUACAUAGCGCUGGAUGACUUCGUGGAGAUCACCAAGAAGUAUGCCAAGGGCAUCAUCCCCGCCAACCUGUUCCUGCAGGACGAUGACGACGAUGAGCUGGUGGGCAAGAGCCCCGAGGACCUGCCCCUGCGCCUGAAGGUGGUCAAGUACCCCUUGCACGCCAUCAUGGAAAUCAAGGAGUACCUGAUUGACAUGGCGUCCCGGGCAGGCAUGCACUGGCUGUCCACCAUCGUGCCCACGCACCACAUCAACGCCCUCAUCUUCUUCUUCAUCAUCAGCAACCUGACCAUUGACUUCUUCGCCCUCUUCGUCCCCCUGGUCGUCUUCUACCUGUCCUUCGUCUCCAUGGUGAUCUGCACCCUCAAGGUUUUCCAGGACAGCAGGGCCUGGGAGAGCUUCCGCAGCCUCACGGGCCUGCUCCUGCGCUUCGAGCCGAACCUGGACGUGGAGCAGGCCGAGGUGAACUUCGGCUGGAACCACCUGGAGCCCUACGUCCACUUCCUGCUGUCCGUCUUCUUCGUCAUCUUCUCCUUCCCCGUCGCCAGCAAGGACUUCAUCCCCUGCUCCGAGCUGGCCGUGGUGGCCAUCUUCUUCACGGCCACCAGCUACAUGAGCCUGAGCACCUCGGCCGAGCCCUACACCCGGAGGGCCCUGGUGACGGAGGUGGCCGCUGGCCUGCUCUCCCUCCUGCCCUCCCUGCCCUUCGACUGGCACCACCUGAAGCUCCUGGGCCAGACCUUCGUCACCGUGCCCCUCGGCCACUUGGUCGUCCUGAACGUCAGCGUCCCCUGCCUGCUCUACGUCUACCUGCUCUAUCUCUUCUUCCGCAUGGCGCAGCUGAGGAAUUUCAAGGGCACCUACUGCUACCUGGUGCCCUACCUGGUCUGCUUCAUGUGGUGCGAGCUCUCUGUGGUCAUCCUGCUGGAGUCCACCGGCCUGGGGCUGAUCCGCGCGAGCAUGGGCUACUUCCUCUUCCUGUUCGCCCUCCCGAUCCUGGUGGCCGGCCUGGCGCUCAUGGGCGUGGUGCAGUUAGCCCGCUGGUUCCUGUCCCUGGAGCUCACCAAGGUCGCCGUCACCCUGGUGAUGUGCAGCAUCCCCCUGCUGUUCCGCUGGUGGACCAAGGCCAACUUCUCGGUGGUGGGCGUGGUGAAGUCCCUGACGCGGAGUUCCAUCGUCAAGCUCAUCCUGGUGUGGAUCACGGCCAUCGUGCUGUUCUGCUGGUUCUACGUGUACCGGUCGGAGGGCAUGAAGGUCUACAACUCCACGCUGACCUGGCAGCAGUACGGCUUCCUGUGCGGGCCGCGGGCCUGGAAGGAGACCAACAUGGCCCGCACCCAGAUCCUGUGCAGCCACCUGGAGGGCCACAGGGUCACGUGGACGGGCCGCUUCAAGUACGUGCGCGUGACGGACAUCGACAACAGCGCCGAGUCGGCCGUCAACGUGCUGCCGGUCUUCAUCGGCGACUGGAUGCGCUGCCUGUACGGCGAGGCCUACCCGUCCUGCAGCCCCGGCACGGCGCCCACGGCCGAGGAGGAGCUGUGCCGCCUCAAGCUGCUGGCCAAGCACCCCUGCCACAUCAAGAAGUUCGACCGCUACAAGUUCGAGAUCACGGUGGGCAUGCCGUACAGCGGCGCCAACGGCUCGCGCAGCCCGGAGGAGGACGACGUCACCAAGGACCUCGUGCUGCGGGCCAGCGGCGAGUUCAAGGACGUGCUGCUCAGCCUGCGCCAGGGCAGCCUCAUCGAGUUCAGCACCGUCCUGGAGGGCCGCCUGGGCAGCAAGUGGCCCGUCUUCGAGCUCAAGGCCAUCCGCUGCCUCAACUGCAUGGCCCAGCUCACACCCGCCCGGCGCCACGUGAAGAUCGAGCGCGACUGGCGCAGCACCGUGCACGGCGCCGUCAAGUUCGCCUUCGACUUCUUCUUCUUCCCGUUCCUGUCGGCGGUGUGAGGGCGCGUCCCCGGCCAGGGAGUCCGCGCGUGUCCCUGCCAGGACCUCCAGCCCGCGUGUGGCCACCCAGCCAGAGGGCACAGCACUAACGCUGAGAGAGAGAGAGAAUGUGUGUGUGUGUGUGUGUGUGUGUACGUGCACGCACAUGUGCGGAUGUGGCACUUGUCACAUGCAGCCUGCUCACACCUCCGUGAGCUUCGUCUCUGCCCGCCUGGAACGCGAUGACGUUGGAAAUUGCAUGCCGUCUCGACCCACAGCCCCGACCUUGCGGAGCGAAGCUGAUGGGCCCUCCAGCCUGGCAGUUCUGGGCCCUGGAAAGCACGUUACAGAGGAAGUCCUUCCCCCUCCCCUCCACUUCCAGGCACCGCCCCCCCUCCCCCGUUUACUCUCGUGUCGGAUUUGUUUUUUUAAAGAACCAAACGCGCUGCUGUGAAAUUCGGUGAUAGGAUUUCUUAUUUAUUUGGUCACUGCUAAGCCUCGACAGCUGCUUGCCGAUCUGGGGCUUACUCGGGUACCGCCUGAGCUCUGUCGCGCGGUCAGGGCCCCGCCCGAUUCCCAAGGUCAGAGGCUGGGGGAGGCGGCAGCCCGGGGCCCCACGGGCUUGCCCUGCGGCUCUCCUGUCUAGUGGGCAGUGGGUGAGCUUGUGAGAUGCUUGUCUGAAUCCACGGCAUCAGGAAAUGGGAGGAACCUGGGGUGUCCCUUCCUGGUGCUCAGAGAAGCUUUGCCAUGUUCAGCACCAGGAAACAGGGGCCCAAAGCAGCCAAAAUAAAAGCAUUUCAUGAAA